GUUCGUUUUGCAGUAGAGGUGCUACUGACUCUUCUGCGAAUCUCAUGGAACAUCGUUCCUUUCAGUCAGCGAUCGUAUUAAACAAAUCAAACAUUCGUCACAAACGCGACAAUUGCCGAAAACAACAAAUCCUGCUUCUACUAUUAUGUUGUUUAAACGGGUCUUUGAAAGAAAGUCCAUGUUGAACGCUGACGCCAAGAAUAAGUUGUCGGAGAAAUGUUCUAGAAGGAAAUCCGAAUGUGAUGGCUGUGGCGAACAUUCCACCAUUCUGGAAGAGAUGAUGAAGAUGGUGCUGCUUGGUGUUGUGCUGUGGGCAGGCGUGACAUUUGGAAGCCAUGUAGCACCAUAUCCACUUAAUUUAUUGGUAACUACAGAUACUAUGCAUCCACCGCCCAUGUACGACUUUCCAUUUCCAAGUCCUGAGAAAUUAAAGAGAUUGCCGACAGUGACGGCAUCGCUAAAGAACAGGUCUUUAGAUAUUAGCAGACUUAGCGUUGCUUUGUUGGAGAGAUUGGAAACUAAUCUGCAGUCUGCUGGGAUUACUCCGAAGACUGGCUCGCCUGCUCAAGGGCUUGCUAUUCUUGGAUCUCCGUCUACCGAUGCUAUGCAUUAUGAACAGUCCUCAAUGAUUAUUACGAAAGCAUCUCAGAACUUAGUUCAUAAUAGAUGUGAAAGAUAUGGCCUGGCAAAUGAUGAAUGCGCGAGUUAUAUAAGCACGUUAAGAUUGCGCGAGAGUGAAUAUGGUGGGGAAUGUGCUGGAUUAGAACGUUUCACGUGUCCUACACAGAUGAUCUCCUCUCGGUAUCGUACUUUUGAUGGCUCCUGUAACAACCCUGUACGUUCGUCGUGGGGACAGGCUUUAACUGGAUACAAGCGAUUAUUACACCCAAGAUACGCCGAUGGUAUCGAACAGCCACGCCGAGCCGUUAGUCAAAAAUCAUUACCCUCCGCCCGUAUGGUUAGCGUAAAGUUGACUGAUAACUUAGAUAAACCUGAUGAUGAAAAGACAAUUGCAUUAGCAGUUUGGAGUCAAUUUGUAUACAAUGAUUUGGCUCAUACACCUGUACGAAAAACAGUCCAUACGAAGCAAUCUAUUCGCUGUUGCGAUAACUCCGGCUUUAACCUGAUUCCUCGGUACAUACAUCCGAGUUGCAUGCCCAUCUCGGUGCCUGACAACGAUCCCUUCUUCAAAGACAAGUCUGUUUCAUGUAUGGAAUAUACCAGAUCUGCUACUACCUACCGAGGAGAUUGCACGUUCGGAGCUUCGGAACAAAUGAAUCAAGCCAGCCACUUCCUAGAUGGGUCUCAUAUCUACGGCACCAACGGCCGUGAUGCAGCAGCCCUGCGAGAGAAUGCUGGAGGCCUUUUAAAGACGAGUAAAAUAAAUGAAGAAGAAUUAUUGCCAUUAGCCCCGAACCCUACUGAGAAAUGUCUAGUUGAAAAUGCAUCAGGCGUUUGCUUUAAUGCUGGCGACGUGCGCGCUAACAUACAUCCAUGGAUGACUAGUCUUCAAUCCCUGUGGGUGAGAGAGCAUAACCGAAUAGCCCGAAGCUUAGCCACUCUUAACCCUGCAUGGAAUUCAGACAAAUUGUACCACGAAGCGAGGAGAAUUGUAGUCGCUGAAUUACAACAUAUCACAUAUAAACAUUGGAUAGCAGCUCUAACAGGAAAAAUAUUUGAUGAAUUGCAUGAAGGAUACGAUACGGGAUACAAUUCUGAUGUGGACCCCACUAUCACAAACCCAUUUGCCACUACAGUCUUCCACUUCGUCAAUAGUCUUUUAGACCAGGAUUUAGAAUUGUUAGACGAAAACAACAAAGUGGUCUCGACAUCAAGGCUCAUGAAUAAUUACUUCAAGCCGGAGAUUGUAACUCAAAAAGGCGGUCUGCAGAAAAUUUUGAGAGGAAUGAUUAAUCAAAACAGCCAGAGAAUGGACUUUAACUACGACGACGAUUUACGUCAUCAUUGGCUUGGUGGACUAGAUGUGUUGGCUAUUGAUAUUCAACGCGGUCGUGACCACGGACUACCCGGGUACACCCAGUACCGUACAGUAUGCGGACUAACGCCUGCCACCACAUUUGAGCAAUUGUCUGACGUCAUACAGCAAGAGACUGUGGACAAAUUGUCUCAACUGUAUGAAAAUCCGGCUGAUAUAGACUUGGUAGUGGGAAUGAUGGCUGAGAGAGCUCUACCUUCAUCACAGCUGGGACCUACUGCCACAUGUUUCCUUAAGGAACAACUUUGGCGCACUCGUGCAGGUGAUCGUCAUUUUUACACGCACGCUGAUGAAUCUGGUAGUUUUACUAAACGGCAAUUGUCGGAAAUCAAACGCGCGUCCCUCUCACGACUGUUGUGUGAUAACGCUGGAUUUACUAAAGUCCAGCGGGAUGUUUUCCAAACUCCUUCUGAAAGCAAUCCGUCACUUUCUUGCGAUGAAAUCAAGAAGGUAAAUUUAGAAGCAUGGCGGGAUCCAUCUCAGAAGCCCGAUAUCUUAACACGCACUACAAAAUGGAUUAAAACCAAAGUUGGUACAACAAGCACUACAAAAUGAACUACACCAACAAUGAAUGUUGAUAAUAAUUAUAUUUAAAUUGUGUACCUGCAAGUUUAACACCUGUGGUGCAAGUUUAACUAUUUCAAAUUCACAUUGAAGUUAUUAUAAAACUUUAUCAUUGGAAUUAUAAAGACUGAUUUCUAAUAAAUAGAAUUCCUCUGAGUGAAGUUCUCUGAAUUGAAAUAAAUUGGUAUGAAUUUGUUAAACUUGCAUCAUAGUUUUGGUUUUAGUGGAGAGAUUCAGUAUUGUGAUUGUCUGUAAAGGAGUGAUAAACAGUCGUAAUGUCACUAUUCUUUAUAUAAAAACUUACGAGAAAUAGUCUCGUAUGACUGUACUUUAGCGCCUUGAUUCAGAAGCAUCUAUAUUAAGUAACCUUUAUGUGUAGCUAUAUUAAUUUAUAAGGAAUAAUACUGUUGGCUGUGAUAUGUCGACUUGAAUAUUGUGUCCAUUUGUCAAAGUGUUUUCUCGAAAUUUACGGAUAAAACGACUGGAUGACGUUUUUCAAAAAGGUGUAAAAUUUAAAUUAUUAUUAUCAGAAUAAAAUUUAAAUUAUAAUCAAUUAAUAUAAUCCUAGUUUCUUAAUUUGAAUUGCACUUAUAUAAUUAGAUCGUAAAGAUUUUUAUAUAAUUUAAAAACAUUAAAAUAAAUAGAUUUUUUACGUAUAAUUAUAUUUAUCUUUUGUUUUUUAUUAUCUUUAUUGCACCAAUUACAGAACAUAUUAUCUUUUUAUUAUAAGAAACUAAAAUCUUAGAUUAGGUCAAAAACAUAAUGAGUAUGGGACAGUAAUCGAAAGGACCACAUAUAUUUCAUAGUUGCACUUUAUUACUAUCCAUUAUAGUUUAAAAUAUCUUGGUGCUAUAUGAUAUGCGAUUUAAAUGUAAACAAUCAAACAGCCUUUCUAGGGAUUCUAAACAAUUAUGAUUAUACUACAUCAAGAAGCUGCUUUAUUUUCAGAAGUUUACUUCAUUGUACUUGUUAUGACAAAUUGAAAUACAGCAUUUCCUAAUUAACUUAAGAUAAUAUUUUAGGCGAGAUUGUUGUUUUUAUUUUCUUUAUUAAAUUAAGUAUAUGUAGGUAAAUAUUAAUUUAUAAACAUAUGGAACUUCUAAUGUACUUAUGAGUUAAGAGAAAAAUUAAUUUGAACUUAAUUAACUUAUAGUUAGAUAAAAACACAUACCUUUAAUUUUAGUACCUAUACUUAUGUAUGACACACUGCCAAAGACUUGUAUGAAAACAAGGUUAUAUUUCCGAGUAACUAUGUUGGUUUAAAAAUAAGUAAUAUAAAACAAAUAAUUUAAAAAAAAGUUUGAUUCUUGUUGAAUAAUCCCGAACUGGACCGUGCCGUCCAGUUUGUUGACAUAAUUUAUAUAAAAAAAAUUAAAUCUCCAAGUGACUUAAAAGGUAUAAACAAUAUUUUUUAUUAUGUAUUUAAUAACCAAGAUACAUUGACACUCCAUUACCUUUUUAAAUUAUGAAGUAAAAGGUAUCUUUUUAGAUAGAUAUAUUUUAUAAUAAAAUAGAUUUGCGAUCAUAUAAUUUACCAUUAUUGUCGCAAAUUUUUACAAAUCAAUUUAAACAGAACAUUUUAAAGUCGUGGUACUUUAGUGAUUCAAUCAUAUUUUUUGUUUCUAUUUUAUUACAUAAACUGAAAAAACUUAAUUUACAAAAAUUUUCGAAGUUUACGAAAUAGAUCAUUGCUGCAGGAAGUAAUUUUGUUACUCAACAAUCACUUUCUAUUCUAAUUACUUUUGUACGUUGUCAAAUAAACUGUUUAUCUAUUA